GUUUAUUUUGUGGUGUCCCCAUUUUGAAACUUGGUGUGCCCAACACAGCAACAUGGCAUCGCUCACCGACUUCAUCUUGACGAACUGCAAGAAGUCUGGCACGGCCUUGGAGUGCAGCGAUCUCUGGAAAGAAGUCUCGACGGCGUCUGUGGAUGACCUGGACCAUGCCCUCGAAUGCCUCAACGCGAUCGAUUACGCGGCGGCGAUGGCAUACCUUUUACUGGUGAAGGGAAAGAAACUCAGCAAACUCCAGCGCCAAGAUAGAACUGGUGACAGCAAUGCCGACGACGGCGACGUUGACAUGGCCGUUCAAGCAGACGGCAAUGACGAUCGCAAUGCAAAACUCUCGUUUCUCCAUCAAGUCAUAUCGUAUCUUGGCGACAUUGUCGGUGUUCCUGAAGAAGCGCCCGAUGCGUCUCGAUUGAGCGACUUGGUGCAGCUCGCCGUGCAGGUUGCCAUCGCGAUUCACGAAACCAUCCGACUGGUGUAUCCAUUGCGGCAGUUGCUUCAGAAAUGGCGCUCGUCGGAGCUGUCCCGUCAAAAUGCGCUCACUCCGUAUCACAGCACAUUCGUCCUCGCUUGUGUCUACGCCAAGUGCUACCACGCAGCUCUCUCCGUCGUCGACGAGCCCAUCUUUGACAUUGCAAGUCCCCAAGCAGCCGUCCAGUCGAUUCAUGUGCUCGAGUACUUUUACUAUGGGGGGAUGGUGUACACAGGCCUGAAGCAAUUCCGCGCCGCCGCGACGUUCUUCCUCAUGACAUUGACGGUGCCUGCAUAUGCCUUGAGUGCCAUCGCGAUUGAAGCGUACAAGAAGUUCAUCCUCGUGUCCCUCCUGUCCGACGGCCAGGUCUCUCCACUUCCAAAGAGCGCUUCACCGGCCGUAUCCCGCGCUCUGGAAUCGUAUGUAGCGCCGUACGUGGCGUUUAUGAAAGCGUUUACGUCGUCGUCAUCGACGCCGCAAGUCGUGGCUGUUGCGGCGGCGGACAUUCCAGACAACGGCGGUCUUGUCAAGCAAUGCUUGGUCGCUUUCAAACAGAUUCGCGUGCAGAAGCUGCCACAAGUGUACACCACCGUGUCGUUGACCAAAGUGGCGGCCGAGAUCCACGCAACUAUCAGCGAUGCCGAAGCGUGCAUGUUGGACGUGAUUGAAGCGGGAGCGAUCACGGCCGCGAUCGACAAGCAGCAGGACAUGGUGCAGCUCAACCCGCCGUCGUUCGACGAAACAAACUUGCACGCGUCGAUCGAGCAUGCAAUUGCAUUCACGACCCGCCUCCACGAGAUCGACGCAUUGCUCACGAUGCACCCCAAGUACAUUGGCCGCACCAAGGACAAGCGCGGCGCCAAGUUUGCGACAGACGACGCCGCCGGUGGGUCGUGGAUGGCGCAACAGGUCAGUGGAUAACGUCACACGGCGGCUGUCGUGGUCACGAGUGGUGGUGGUUCGUUUUAUUAAAUCAACCGAGGCAAACAUUACACGUGCGGUUGGAAUCCGUACGGAGACGA